AUGGGAUGGGGAUGGACUCUUUUGAUGACAUUCCCCUUUGUUGUUCUGACAAGUUAUACAUACUGUUGUGGUAAGAAAGACAAAGUGGUUAUGCAUGUUUCCAGAUUAGGUAUUGCCACGUUUAUGUGGUUCUUUUGGACAAAUUUGUUUCAAUAUAUUGAAUCAAAUUAUGGACGAUGUCUAUCUAAGGCCCAUUUCCCAACUAAAGCAGCUUGUAUCGGGAAAGGUUUUAUGUGGAAUGGGUUUGAUCUUUCCGGGCAUGCUUUUAUACUGAUAUAUAGCAGUUUGGUUCUAAUUGAAGAAGCAAGAGCAAUUAAUGGAUGGGAAAGAAUGAGUGAUUUAAUUCGCAACGAGGGAUAUACGAGAGACACUGCUGAUGGUUCAUUAAACGUGAACCCAUUGAGAAGUUUAACAGAACGUGAAUUCUCCAAUUUAAAAGCAUUUUAUGAACAGUUUACACCAUAUAUUCAUUCAUUAUUUAUAGGGAUGACAUGUUUGUGUAUCCUCUGGGAUGUGAUGUUAGUUAGUACUAUGUUAUAUUACCACAUUAUGAUAGAAAAGUUUGUUAGUGGUGCAAUUGCUAUCCUUAUGUGGUUUGUAACUUACCGUUAUUGGUAUGCCCUUCCCAAAGUUUACCCUAAUUUGCCAGGAGAUGGUCUUUUCAAAUACACUAAUCGUCAACAGUCAAGAGAAUUACCAACAAAAAAGAAAACUUCUACACCUAAUGUCGCUAAAGGUCAGUUGCCAAAAUUUAUGGGAAUGCCAUUAUAUGGUUUACGUAAUCAAGAAAUGAAAAUGAAAGAUGGAAUGAAAGACGAGAAAGAAGAACAAUUUAUGGAUGAAAUAUCACCUGCAUCUUCCAGUAAAGUGUCUGUGACCUAA